AUGGCCAAAUUAAAAGGCCGCGCCAAACAGUUCCGGGACCCGGACGAGGUCAUCAUAAAGGACCACGACCCGGAAGCCAACGCACGUGACGGCGCCAGCGCCGAUGGAAGCGGCAGUGAGGACAGCGAAGACGAGAACCGGGGCACUGGGCACUACGUUAGUGUUGGAAGGAGCAGACUGAGACACAGGGAAAACGUUUCGCUGGGCCCUGAAUACAGGGGCUCUCGAGUCAGCCGGUCUGCGUUGGACGACGAGAGCGAGGAGGACCGAGAAGCGGGAGAAGGCGACGGUGACGAUGACGAUGACAAGUAUGACGAUCCCGAUGUCGCUGACCUAGAAGCCGAUGAGGCCGAGGCCAACGACUCGGAGAUCAACAGUGACGAUGCUCUGGGCGAGUCGGACGUUGAACGCUUCAGAAACUACGCUUUUCGUGGCUCUGCGAAGCCCACAAAGCCAAGGGGGAGACCCGGGAGGGCGGCUGCGGCAGAUUUCAUGUCCGAUGAUGACGAGAAUAAUGAAUCUGGCGAAGAAGAAGAUGUGGAUGACGGGCUUGAUGCGCUGGCGAAUGGCGAACUCGACCCCGAGGAGGUGGGUGACGAGGACGAAGAGUACAGCGAGGAUGAUGAAGACGGAGAUGAGGACGAGGGAGGACAAGACAAGGGCGGUGAUGAUGACAAAGACGAAAAGGAGCAGGGGUCCGCGAAGAAAACUGCGGCCAGACCCCAUCUAUCUGCUCUGUCCAACCGAGCUGAUGUCGAGAAAGGCGCCGCCAUUCAGAAGCAGCGCGAGAUUUACGAUGGUUUACUCAAUUUACGUAUCCGGUUGCAAAAAGCGCUCGUUGCCGCCAAUUCAUUCCCCAUGGUUGAGACGGACACGGAUGCCGAGUCUGAGCCGUACGAAGCUGCGGAAGAGGCUGCCGUCAAACUACUCGACACCAUCAGCAGCCUGCGUGAAAGCAUCAGCGCGUCAACAAAAAGCGGAGAAAAGCGCAAGCGCGAUUUUUCUGUUUCAAUGUCAAACGACGACAUCUGGGAACAGCUACAAGGAGAGGAUAAGGACGCAAUUGGCUUUCGCCAAGAACGACUGGAGAAGUGGUCCAAAAAGGUGCAAAGCGUCAACACGACGAGGCCAAGCGGAAUCGGCGAAAGGGGCAAGGGCCUCAUUGGCGCUCUUCAAGAGCAGUUAAUAGUCCCCGAUAACAGACUUGUCAAACGGACACGAGUCCCGCGGUCAUGUGCUCCUGCGCAGCUGGCCAGGAAAGUCGCCAUGGACGAGUACGUCUACGACGAUGCAGAUUUCUACCAGCUGCUUCUCAAGGAACUGGUUGAGCAGCGAACCGUGGAAGGCGCCGCAGAUCAGGCCACCGGCGUGCCGACAGUCAUGGUGACGGCGACAAAGGAGGCCAAGGUGCGCAAGCAGGUGGAUCGCAAGGCCAGCAAAGGACGAAAGAUGAGAUUCACGGUGCAUGAGAAAUUGCAAAACUUUAUGGCGCCCGAGGACAGGAGAAGCUGGGAGCAGGCGGAGAUUGACAGGUUCUUUGGAACACUAUUCGGCCGAAAGCUGCAUCUGAACGAGGACGAGAGCGAGGAUGAGGACGAGGACGAGGGCGAGGAGAUGGAGGGAGUGGAUAUUGAAGAUGGAGGGCUGAAGCUGUUUAGAAAUUGA